CACCAGCGGUUAACAAACAACUGUAGGGGGUUUGGAACAACAUGUGCCAGCAGCUUCCCAACACGUUUAUGACAAUAAGCUGUGGCACGUCUUGACCAAACAGCUGGUUCCUGUAAUACUUCAGGACAAUGACUGCCAUCAAUGCUCCACGGGACAAGUAUAAUGCAGUGUGGAUUAUUUUCUUCAUCCUGGGCUUGGGGACCCUCCUGCCAUGGAACUUUUUCAUGACUGCAACCUCGUACUUCACCAGCCGAUUGAAGGACGAUGUGAGCUCAGCCAAUAUGACGGCCAACGUCACAGUGUUGAAUGGAGACACAAGGAAUGUCCUGGAGUCCAAGUUCAACAAUGUGAUGACCCUGUGUGCCAUGGUGCCCCUGCUCAUCUUCACCUGCCUCAACUCCUUCAUCCACCAGAGGAUUCCUCAGAACUGGCGUAUCGCUGGCUGUUUGGCUGUGAUCAUGGUGGUGUUCCUGCUGACAGCGGUGCUGGUCAAAGUGGACAUGGACCCGCUCCCCUUCUUCACUCUAACUAUGAUCAAAAUCGUCUGCAUCAAUUCGUUUGGGGCGGUACUCCAGGGCAGUUUGUUUGGCCUGGCUGGAAUGCUCCCAGCCUCCUACACGGCACCCAUAAUGAGUGGACAGGGCCUUGCCGGGACCUUCGCCGCCUUCUCCAUGAUCUGUGCACUAGCCAGUGGAUCAGCCAUACAGGACAGUGCUUUUGGCUACUUCAUCACAGCCUGUGUGGUCAUCUUCCUGGCCAUCCUGUCCUACCUCAUUCUGCCCCGUAUGGAGUUUUUCCAGUACUACCUAGAAAGUAAUGGUUCCAACCUAGCCAGUGGAGAUGAAGAGAACAAGAUGGACUUGUUGAAAAAAGCUAACAACAAAAGAGGAUGUGAGGAAUCAGACAGACUUUUGUGUUAUGUGAUAGACAGCCCAGGAGAGAAGAGGGCAGUGGUCAGUCUGACAGAGGAAGAAACCUGGCCCACCACUUCUGUGUUUGGCAUCUUCAAACAGAUCUGGGUGAUGGCCCUCUCCGUGUGCUUCGUCUUCACAAUCACCAUCGGCGUGUUCCCUGCCGUCACGGUGGAAGUGAGGUCCAGCGUGGCUGAGGGAGGCACGUGGAAUAAAUACUUCAUCCCCGUGUCGUGUUUUCUGCUCUUCAACGUGAUGGACUGGGCAGGCAGGAGUCUGACCGCCGUGUGUAUGUGGCCCGGGAAGGACAGCAUCAUGCUGCCCAUCAUGGUGGGCCUCCGUGUGGCCUUUGUUCCCCUCUUCAUGCUGUGCAACGUCCAGCCCAGACAAUACAUGCCCGUCAUAUUUGAACACGAUGCCUGGUACAUCGUCUUCAUUAUCCUCUUCUCCUUCAGCAACGGUUACUUGGCCAGCCUCUGCAUGUGCUUCGGACCAAAGAAGGUGGCACAACACGAAUCGGAGACGGCCGGUGCCAUCAUGGCAUUCUUCCUGUCUCUGGGUUUGGCUCUGGGAGCUGCCCUGUCCUUUGUCUUCAGAGCAAUCAUCUAGACCUGGACUUUCACAACCAACCUGUCAUAACUCUGCUCUCCUACCUGCUGUGGAAUAGGGGGAGAGGGAGAUUUGACAAGGAAGUGUACUUUGCCCUAUGUUACCAGUUGGCAACUAGAUUCAGUUGUGGGAAGAUUUUUGGCUAAGCAGGUGGUCAGGGUGGGGCAGAACAUAGUUAAAAUAUAUAGAGAAUUACUAAUGCACCACAACUGAGCUCAAAAACACAGAUAGCUUUUUUUGGCCUAACCCCAUUAUGUAAUACCGUUUCUUUAUGUAUGUAAUCAAUGUGCACUGUUUACUCUUUCUAUUGGAGCUGUGAAUAUGUGUAAAAGUUUUAGACCUAUUUGUAAUUUUUAGAUUAAACCCUUAAAAAUGUUAGAGCAGUAUUUAGGUAGAGAACUUGGCUACUGGGGAUUACUCAUGUAACCAUGGUUCUACCAAGACCCAUUUGGAAAUGACCUACAUGGGGAAACCAGGUUUUAGUUAGGGAAUUUUUGUUUGUUUUUAAAUCCAAAAGACUAGAGAAGAAAACGAGCCCUGCUCUGUUCUAACCAAUGUUAGCAUCGACCCUACAAUGCAGCCAGCCCCUGGGAGUCUGCUUUCCCUUCAGCCUCUGACUGAUGAGACUCUCUCCUUACAAAAGGAUGCAGAGUUAAUCUAGUUCAGGUGUUUUUUGCUCUCGCAUCGUGCUGUAGUUGCCAACAUCUACCAUGUCUUUCAUCUUACAGACAACGUGGUAGAAUGCUCAAGGGAGUUAAGCUCGUAGGUCAACGUCCUGCUGAGCCCUAAGUGAUGUAGGAUAUAUGUAUUUAUAUGGAUUGUGAAACCUCCAGGCUUCUAAUGUCAUUUUGGUAUGUGUUCUCAUUGAGUUUUAUAGACAUUAUGGUUUUACAAUAAGGAUUUUGUUUGUUUUGUCAUUGAAUGGUAUACUUUUUAGUUUUAAAUAGUUUGGUGGUUUUUGACCAGUCUAAGUCAGUGUUUAAAUGGCCAUUAUAGUAUAGAUUUGCCAUGACAUCUAAAUGUAUUUUUUUACCUCAGUAUUUUAAGAAAAGCAACAACAAAUAUGUAGCUAUUGAUUACUUGUUCAAGUGAACAGUGAGGGAGGACAGUUUGUAAACUAACCCCAUAAUUUGCAAUCAGUUAUAUGCAAUUUAUUGGGGUUUAACAUUAAAGCAUUUGUAUUAGUUUUGAGUGCCAUUUUAAAACCAGAUUUGUACAUGUGAAUUUGCCUAGUUUGUAACAUUCAUAAUGUUUUUAUGAACGGACAAUAAUGCCUAAUGUGCCUAACAAUGUCUUGAGUUUUACAUGGGAAUGUUUGAAGUUUUCAUGCUUUAUUUUGUUUCCAUAAUAUACAGUACAUCAUAUUAACCCACUUGAAAAGUUUCUGCCAUUUUGUUUUAUCCUGUGUGGACUGAAAUACUGACCAAAUGAUUUCUCUAGAUAACCUCGGACAGAAAUCUGUUGUGGUUAGUGUGGGAGCUGGGAACCUGAAUGUAGUAAUGAUGGCUGCAUGUGUAUCACAGUUACCAUUAUUCUAUUACAUAAAACAGUCCCAUUAAGUACAAACACAUUGUAUUUAGGAUUUUGUCUCCCUCUCUAGGAUUUACAAGGAAGCACAUACUAAAUAAAAUAAAUAGGUAUGUC